AUGUCGACUGAUAAAGAAGAACAUCUAGAUUCUAAUCCGGAGAAUCUAAUUCCAGAAGAAGAACAUGAAAGUCAAGGUUUCUCAACUGCAACUGAAGAUUCUACUCAAGCCAGCUUUGAAGAAGUGAGCGAGGUAGAUUAUGAAACCAACCCUAUUGAAAUGGAAGAAUUGAGUGAGGUAGAUGAUGAAACUAACCCUAUUGAAAUGGAAGAAUUGAGUGAGGUAGAUGAUGAAACCAACCCUAUUGAAAUGGAAGAAUUAAGUGAGGUAGAUGAUGAAACUAACCCUAUUGAAAUGGAAGAAGAAGUUACUACUACCACUGCUGGUACAUAUGAUACUGUACACCCACAAGAACCAUCUACCAAGAAAAUAAAAUUAGAGGAACCCGAAACUGAAUCAGAUUCUAAUGGAAUUAUUGUGAAUGAGCCACAGGUGGUUGUAGUUCCACCCAAAAAACCACAAUUGUUUUAUACUCCAUUGAAAACAGGAUUAGUUUAUGACGUGAGAAUGAGAUAUCAUGCUAAGGUAUUCACAUCCUAUAGCGAAUAUAUUGAUCCACAUCCAGAAGACCCUCGUCGAAUAUACAGAAUUUAUAAAAAAUUGGUAGAAGCCGGAAUAGUUCUUGAUCCUUCUUUAGCAGGAAUUAAUGAAAUUGGACCAUUUAUGUUGAAAAUUCCUAUCCGAGAAGCAACAGCUGAAGAAAUUUUGGAAGUUCAUUCUGAAGAUCAUUUAAAAUUUAUUCAAUCCACUGAAGAUAUGUCAAGAGAUCAAUUACUCAAGGAAACAGAAACGGGAGAUUCCAUUUAUGUUAACAAUGAUUCGUAUUUAUCGGCGAAAUUAUCCUGUGGUGGUACUAUUGAAGCCUGUAAAGCAGUUAUUGAAGGGAGAGUGAAAAAUUCUUUAGCUAUAGUGAGACCACCAGGGCAUCAUGCUGAACCUAAUACCCCAGCAGGAUUUUGUUUAUUCAGUAACGUUGCCGUGGCCGCCAAAAAUAUGUUGAAGACAUAUCCUGAAUCAGUUCGAAAAAUUGUUAUUGUGGACUGGGAUAUCCAUCAUGGUAAUGGAACUCAAAAGGCGUUUUAUAACGAUCCGAGAGUUUUAUAUAUUUCUUUACACAGAUUUGAGAAUGGGAGAUUUUACCCAGGCACCAAAUAUGGUGACUCAAAUCAAGUUGGCGAAGGUCCUGGGGAAGGAUUCACUAUAAAUAUUCCUUGGAGAUCUUAUGGUAUGCACGAUGGUGACUAUGUUUAUGCAUUUAACAAGAUAAUACAACCAGUAAUAUCGGAAUUUGACCCCGAUCUCAUUAUUGUCAGUUCUGGAUUUGAUGCUGCCGAUGGAGAUGUAAUUGGUGCCUGUCAUGUUACACCAGCUGGUUAUGGGUAUAUGACCCACACAUUAAAGGGAAUUGCCAGAGGAAAAUUGGCAGUCAUUUUGGAGGGCGGUUAUAAUUUAGAUUCAAUUAGUAAAAGUGCGUUGGCAGUAGCUAAAGUAUUAGUUGGUGAACCACCGGAAAAUACAAUCACUCUACGCCCACACUUGGAGACCAUCGAAGUUGUUGACGAAGUGAUGAAGAUACAAUCCAAAUACUUUAAAUGCUUAAGAGAAGGGUUUCCAAAUAGCAUAUUUGAAGAUGUUUAUGAUUUACCUGAUAUAGAAAAAGCAAACUACAAAUUGGUGAAUAUUGCUGAUCCAAUCAGAAGUCAUCAAGUGGAAAAGUUAUUCAAUGAAAAAGAAUUUAUCAACAUCCCAAUCAUCAGUUCUGUACCUAAUGGCGAAAAAUCCCCAUUCACUACUGACAUACCGGACCAAUUAGAAGAUUUGGUAGUUGCAAGUCCUGAUAUUUAUGACUGUACCACCAUAAUAUUAACAAUACACGACCCACCCGAAAUAUGGGCCAAUAUAAAUCCAACAAACGGAGUCAUUGAAACCAAUUCAACCAUGAUUUUAGAACAUCCUUUAGUGCAAAUAAUGGACAAAAUACAAAAGGAAAAAGAUUCUGAUAAUCAAGAAAAGUUUGGGUAUUUGGACAUCAAUAUCCCAUCAUUCCAACUUCCGAUCCCAGGGACAACAUCAGAAUCGUCUACUUAUAAUCCAAUCAUUUUUGCUCAAGAAGUUUUGCUUUAUAUUUGGGAUAACUAUAUAACGUAUUUCCAACAAUUGAAAAAUCUUGUGUUGGUUGGAUUUGGUGAUAGUUAUCAAGCAAUUGUGAAUUUAUACGGCAAAAGACCAUCAAAUGAAGUAAAAGAUUUAGUCAAGGGAACAGUGGCGUUUUUGAACCGAACCACAUUGAAACCAUUAAUUCCGGUGAUGGAUGAAUCAAUGGUGGAUUGGUAUUAUCAAAAUUCCGUUAUUUUCACCAGUAAUUUUAAUACAUGCUGGACUGGUGGUGGUACUGGUAAUGGAACCAAUGGAAAUGGUUCAAAUGGGGGAGGCAACAAGCCAGCAGAAUCAAAUGGUCAUGAUGAUUUUAGCAAACGUCCAAGAAAGAAAUUUGGUAGAGUAAUUAAAACAACAUCAGAUGGAUUAUGUGAUGUCAUACAAGAAAAAUUCGACGAAGGAGUGGAUUUCAUAUUAGAUUCAAUUGAAGAUUACUCCUCUUCGGAAGAUUGA